GGAAAGCCACAGUUAUACCGAUACCUAAACCGGGAAGAGACGGCUCUGACCCAGCUAACUAUCGACCAAUAGCACUAACAAGCUGCAUCUGCAAAACCAUGGAAAGAAUGAUUAACAGUAGGCUGGUCUGGUACCUGGAAAGGAAUAAAGUGAUCUCAAACUACCAGUGCGGAUUCAGGCAGGGGCGGACAGUAACUGACCACGUGGUAAGGCUGGAAGCUUAUAUUAGAAAUGCAUUACUCAGAAGAGAACAUCUAGUAGCUGUAUUCUUCGAUAUAGAAAAGGCCUAUGACACAACCUGGAAACAUGGCAUUCUAUGUGACCUGGCGCUUAUGGGGCUUAAGGGACACCUCCCCCGUUUUGUGGAGGAAUUCCUGAAAGAUCGAAAAUUUCAGGUUCGAGUGGGCAACUCCGCUUCUGACACUCAUGACCAGGAAAUGGGUGUACCCCAGGGCAGCAUUCUCUCAGUCACCCUGUUCAACAUUAAAAUAAAUAGCAUCAUAAAUGCGCUUGUCCCCUGGCAUAUAGUGCUCUUUGUAUGUUGAUGACUUUGUCAUCCUUACUUAUGGGAAAAACAUGAACACCUUAGAAAGAAAAUUACAGUUAUGUUUAAACAAAAUUCAGGGUUGGGAAAACUAUAAUGGUUUCAAAUUCUCAGACUCCAAAACAGUUAGUAUGCAUUUUUGUAAUCUAAGGGUUAGGGUUAGGGAUCCCUGUCGUGAAAACUACAAAAUUUUUAGGCCUCACCUUAGAUUCCAAAUUUAAUUUUCUCCCCCACAUUAAGGAACUUAAGAAGAAAAGCCAAGUGUCAUUAAUUAUACUAAGAGUACUCAGCCAUACGGACUGGGGAGCUGACAGAGAUACCUUGCUGCUGCUCUAUCGGAGUCUAAUUCGAUCCAAGCUAUACUACGGAUCCAUAAUAUAUGGAGCAGCAAGGAAGUCGUACCUAAAAAUACUGGAACCAAUACAAAAUGCUGCCCUGUGUCUCUGUCUCGGCGCGUUUCGUACAUCACCUAUUCCAAGUCUCCAUGUGGAGGCUGGAGAACUCCCCAUGGAUAUAAGAAUGAAAAAGCUUGCAAUGCAGUAUAUAGUCAAGCUAAAAUCCAACCCCACGAACCCUGCUUUUGACUCCAUAUUUAACCCCACAGAGGUAGAAUUAUACAAUCGAAGGCCUAACGUCAUACAGCCGUUGGGCCUUCGAAUGAGAGAAUCCAUCCAAAAUUUAACCCCACCCAUUGACCAAAUCACUAAAAUAGAAACCCCUCAGAACCCUCCUUGGCUAAUGAAUAAACCCAAAUUAAAUUUAUCCCUCCUUAAUUUCAAAAAAGAAAAUACAGACCCAAGCAUACUACAAGUCCACUUUAGGGAACUGCAGGAGAGCUACGGAGAUUGUGGCACCAUCUACACAGACGGAUUCAAAAUGGAGGGAAAGGUCGCGUGUGCCUGCUCCUUUCGGAACAAAACAAUCUCCCGUAGACUCCCCGAUGGCUGCUCCAUCUUUACGGCCGAAUUGCACGCAAUAUUGCUUGUACUUAUGGCCGUAAAAGCAUCAGAAAGGAGGAAAUUUAUAAUCUGCUCCGACUCCAAAUCUGCAUUGCAAGCUUUGGGGCGGAUGAAGACUGACAUCCCAUUGGUACAUAAGAGCCUGAAGCUGUUGGACCAAAUAACAGCUGACCGUAGGGAUGUCACCUUCAUCUGGGUCCCCUCCCAUGUUGGCAUUGAGGGAAACGAAGCCGCAGACAGAGAAGCAAAGAGAGCCCUAAAUCAUGCGGUGUCAGGAACCCAAAUUCCCUACUCGGACCUGAGACAAAGUAUUGCCUCUGCCACCUAUCGAGAGUGGCAGAACCGAUGGGAGGCUGAGACUCACAGCAAACUCAGGCAGAUUGUGGCGGAUGUCAGGUGGCGGCCCACAUCUAAGGGUCUGACAAGGCGUGGUAGCACGACCAUGUCCAGACUUAGGAUUGGCCACACCUACAUCACGCACUCUUUUGUACUGAAGAGAGAGGAGCCCCCAAUUUGUGAGUACUGUGACUCUCGCCUCACCGUGGAACAUAUUCUCGUUGAUUGCCUCAGAUACCAGGAUGUCAGGGCGAAAUAUUUUAGAGCCACUAAUUUAAAUACACUAUUUGAUAAUGUCGACCCUGGGAAGGUACUGGGCUUUAUCCGGGAAGUGGGGCUAUCUACGAAGAUCUGAUUUAUGAAUUUGUGAACAUGCACUAUUUACAUUAGAUUUUUACCAAAUAUUUAAAUUUUUACUACCUUUACUAUUUUAACUGUGAAUAGACCUUGAUUUUAAUGAUAUGACUGUAUAGAAUCUGGCCCCUGUUGUUUAGAGAGAGAGGGAUCCUUAAGGGACUGCAGGCACGACAUGGCCUAAAUUGUGCCGAUGUGCCUCAAAUCAAAAAUCAAAUCAACCAAAAAGUCCAAGGCACUCUGGCCAGGUAGUGUGAUCUGAUCCUACUCUGGCAUUGAAUAUUUUUAAUUAUCUAUAAUAGAUUGUUCCGGAUAUUUGUAUUCAUAGUGAGAGAAAAAGAGAAUUCUAGAUAAAUCUAAUACCGUUAAUUAAAUUUAAUAACAGUCUCGUAUGAAAAUUUGAUGUACCAUAGCCUUGUGGAGAGAUUUUUAUACCAUAUUUUGGUGAAGUUGCUUUCCUUUAAAAUCGGAACAUAAUAUUAACGAUAAUUAGAUUUUAAAACGUUUAGCUAGAAAAUUAACUGUAAUUUACGACAGUAGUACGAUUUUACAUAAAUAGAGUUAGAAUGUUUUUCAUAAAAAUCCGGAACAACCAAUAUUGGUAAAUGAGAAGAUUAUUUGUUUUAUUUUUUAGUAGAGGGAUUUCAAACAGUUAUUUGUGUUAGUAGAUUUUUCAUAUAUAAAAUUCGAAACAAUUUUGGCGACGAUUUGUAAAAAAAUUUAAGUUAUGUAGAAGGAUUUCUUUUUCAAAAUCAAAUCCGGAACAUUCUUUACAGAUUAAAAAAAAACUGUUAUAUUUCAGCAAGAUAAAUUCAAUGUAAAAUAAUUCUAAAAUGUGUUUUUCAAUAAUCGUUUCUAGUAAAUUACUUUCUUAUUUUAAAAUCCCGAACAACCUAUUGCCGAUAUUUUUUAAACAAAAAAAAAAGUCAUUUGACAUAAAUUUGGUUUAAGUUAAAAAUACGGAACAACUGGAUAUCGAUAAUUAAACUAUAGUGACUGUCCAAUAUAUUAUUGUCCAAGAAUAUAAGGGUAAUGUAAGUCAAUGUUGUUAUUUCAAAUAAUCGUUUGACAUAUUUUUUUUCAUAUAACAAUAUCCGGAACAACUUCAUAUUUCUUCAUAAUUCAUAUUACGGAAAUUACAUGUAAUAUAAGUUAGAAGAGCAAACAAAAAUUCGUUGGCAUUGUUUGUUUUUUUUCACAAAACAUUCGGAACAAUCUAUUAUAGAUAUUUUCAACUAUUGUAAUGUUUUGGAAGGAACAUUAAAGGUUAAAUCAGAUUUUCAAUAGCGUUUAAUGUUUUUUUAUUUAUAAACGUGACGGACAGACCGACCAACAUAUAAAACGCACAAAAAUAAGAGACUUUUAUCCUGAUAGGGGCACUAAACAAAAAUUAAAAAAUCUAAUUAUUUAAAAAAUUUUGAGGAAUUAGUUUAGCACUAUAUCAUGUCGCGGCGUUACGCUACUGCACGAAAGUCGCUGUGCGUGAGUGUGACAGACGGACAUUUUGCACAAACCUAAUAGCGGCUUUUCCCCUUUCGGGGUCGCUAAAAAUACAUUUCCGUAAAAAAAAAUAUUCCUGUAGUAAUGGUAUCAUAUGUGUGUAGGUAGCUCUGCAGUUCUCGUGAUGAUAAGAAAAACUACUUUUAAAUUAUGUUCCACUUAUAUGCAUAUUAAAUAGAUUUUUUCUCUUAAAUUUUUUUUUUUUUUUGUAAAAGUAGUAGUUAGUAUGAAAGAACUAAGUUAUCUUAGCAAUAGGCCUACAUUUAUAUAAAAAAAAUGUUUACAAAAAAUCUAAAAUCGUUUGCAUAAAUGUGUUAAAAAUAUGUUAAAUAGGUAUCUCCCUUACUAAAUAGCCUCCCGUGUUUGUUACUAAAAAUUGUGCAUAGUUGUAAAAAUGGUGUAUUUUUAUGAUAAAACUGCUUGCAUAGUUGAUUUUAAAAAUUAAAUUUUUCGCUUUCAAAAAAGAAAUAGUAGCCGUUGCUUCAGAACUUUGAAAGGUCUUAAAUAUCAUGAUGUCGGAUUUCCAAUAUCUUUUCUAGUUUACGAGAUCUAAACCGGAUGGACGGACUGACGGACAGACAAAAAACUAAUAGCGUCUUUUCCCCUUUCGGGGGCCGCUAAAAAAAGUUACAGUUCUAUUUGCAAUGAAGUAUAUUUUUACAAAGCUUAUAUCAACUCACUCCGUCUGUCUGUCUGUCUUGUAGGCCUACACAUUUUGUUCCCAUUCCCUAUUCUUGGAUCAAGUUGAAACUUUGCUCAAUUAUUUCUUGUCCCUAUCAAAACAUGAAUUUUAAAAAAUAAUAAUAAUUAGUUAAUCAGUGGCACUGGUAAAUAAUUAUUUUUUUUUUGAUAUAGAAAAAGGGUAAUGAAUCUUACACUAUUGAUAUAUUUGGCUGUAAAUGUGUAGUUUUUUCCUUAUAUAAGCUCUGCUUUUUUUUUCUCACAAAGCUUAUAACUCCCUCUGUCUAUCUGUCUGUCUGGUAAAAAGUUUGUACACGUAAUUUCACCCACAACCAAUCUCGGAUCAAGUGUAAAUUUUUCACAAUUAUUUCUUUUACCUGACUACACAAGAAUCAAUUUAAAAAAAUACCAAUUAGUAAAUUAACAAUUGAUAAUAAAUUAUUUUGUUUAGUAUCUCGAACAAGGGAAAGAAAUUGUAAUUGACUGAAGUUAUGAUAUAAGCUGAAUUAGUCCCCUUUAUAGGUCGUCGUCUUAGUCUUAGUGAACACAAAAAUGAAAAAUAGGACGAGACUAUAGAAACAAUAGAUAACUAUACAAUCUUCCAUGUUCAUAAGCUCUCCACUAGCAGAGUGGUUACCGUGUUGGCUUGAGAAGCCUGAGAAUUCAGGUUGUUCCCCCUUUUAUUAUUUUUAUACAUGCUUUUUCAUUGUUAGUCUAAAUUAAUUAAAUGACUGAUGGAAACUAAUUGAUAUUUUAAAAAGCUUUUAAAAAAAUGUUUUUCUUGUUUAAGAAGUACUUUUUAUUUU